ACACACGCGAUAGGCGCACAGUUGGGGUGGUACGUACGGCCUGUCUCACUCAUCCUCCAUCCAUUGCUAUCGGUGCGCUCGCAGAGGAAGGAGUACCGCCGUCAGAGUCGUCCCUGCCCGCUGCCAGACUAAGUGGGGCGCGCGUUUUGCGGCCGCAGAAAUCUAUUGUUUCGUGCGGCGUUGCUACUGUGCCUGUGUACCGGUUGUGUGCUGUUUGUGUGCUUCCCUCCCAGAAAAGGGGUGCUUUUAAAUUGUCAGAUAGAUUGAAGUCAGCCGGCAAACAACCUCUGGCAGCGAACAAACGCCCGUUCCGUUCCGGUUGCUUCAUCGGGAAUUUUUCUUUUUUAACCGUGUGAGUGUGAGUGUGUGUGUGUGUGUGUGCGAGCGCUUCCGGAGUGAUUCAUUGGCCGCAAAAGAAGUGAAAUAAACAAGACCGAAUAGCGAACACACAUCAUCACCCGGCCGGUCCGCCACUAGAUCAUGCACCGUACGGCUGCGGCUAGACCGGUAGAAAAUGAAACAAGGUGACACGCAUCCCGCUUCCAUCUGUGGCGAGACCUGUGGCAGCAAAGCAAGCAGCAGCCGGCUGUAAUCGCGAAGCACAAAAGGCAAACAAAGUGUGCUGUAUUCCAACACAAACUGCAUUCCGGUGCGCUGUGUUGCAUCGGAAAGAUAAACAACGCCCAGCAACGACCUGAUCAUCGUAGAGAGAAACUUAGGCCCGAGUUUCCGAGAAGACAAGAAUUCAAAAAAACGCGAUAAGAGCUAGCGGGCGGACAAGGUAAAAGGAGCAGCAGCAGCAGCAGCAGUACAAAUAAAUUAACCCUAAUUAAUCGUGCUGGGAAGCACUGAGGCAGCCGCGGUCCACAGUCUUCCCGGUGGCCCACCGGCUGUGUGGCUGUGUGGCACAGCGAGAGCGAAUUUAGAUUAAUUAAAUGGCCGAUUCAUCGAACGGUGGCGGAACUAACACCACUGACACUACCACUACUACUGGGUUGUUCAUACUGGAGCGGGAACAGCAGCCGCCUCUCGCCGCAUCGAUGGCACCGUCACCGAAGAACAACGACAACAACAACCACAACAACAACAACAACAACGGGACCGGCAACACCGCAGACGAGGAGCAAAACGCGCGGCGAAUGGCGCGCGACAUGGAGGAGGCCAAGCGGCGCAUGAAGAAGCGCGUCGACUUCAUGGAGGAGAACCAACCGCGGGCGGGCGAGGAGGCGCAGCCGCAAACGAACUUCAAAAACAUGCCCCCGUACAGGCCCACCGAGCUGCUGCACCACCCGUGGGGCAGCGAGGGCACCCCGGUGUACGUGGGAGGCGCGGUGAUGGAUCAAGAUUUCGAGCAGCACUUCGACAGCCUGAUGCAGGAGCUCGAGAACAUUCGGUCCGAUUCGGAUUCCGACUUUGGCGACGAUCACGGUCUGCCCCCGCAGCGCUCUUCCGCCGCCCGAGGAGGACAGGCACGGCCAGUCGGCGGCAGUGGUGGUAGCGGACCUGGGGCCAAAGUCGGUGGACACCCGUCUGCCUCGUCCUGGAGCGACGGUAGCAGCUCGGUGAGCGACGUGGAAGAGGAACUGGAUCAUGAGCAGCAGCAGGAGGGUGUGGGGCGAACGCGCACCGCCCCUACCGAGCAUCGACCGCUGGACCAUCCACUGUUGGAUGGGCCCGGGACGCCUUUCCGAAUGCCCAUUCCCCCGAUGAGCCCGGGCAGACGUUCGGACAGUAGCGUCCUGUUCGGGCCCUCCUCGCUGCCCAUAAUCCUCCCGUUCCACGUGCGCCGCCGACUGUCCGAGUGUCGCGAGGAGGACGAAGAGGACGAGAAGCAGCAGUUGGCAUCACAUUCCCCCCCGUCCGCUACCGGCCGGCCGGCUUGCGGUCCGAUCCCGGCGAUCGUCAUCGGUACGCCAGCGGAAAAGGAACCAGCGAUCAUCACGGCUGGCAAGCAGGAGGAGGAAGCGGAGGCGCCUCGCAAGUCUCGCUUCAUGGUCACGAAGACGCAGGAAGAGGAGCAGCAGCAGCAGCAGCAGCAGGAACAGUACAAACGGCAGCCGGACACACCGAGCCCUCCCGCCCGACUGCGGCCGGAAACGAUCGCCCUGCUCCCGGUGUCGGCCGCACAAAACUCUCAAACGAUCCACUUCCCGUGCAGUAGCGGCACCGGGCAGCACACCUCGCUGCGUUCCAUGUUUUCGCCCGACGCGGCGGUGGCACCUCACCUCAACACCCCCCAUCUCGAUCGGCGCUUCUUCGACACAUCACUGGUAGAAAUCCGUCCACUCACGCAAAGCCGAGGAUCGCUCUCGUCGGCAGCCGGUGCUGAUGCGGGUGGCUGCGAUUCGGUCAACUCGCUAUCGAACGGCCAGCAAGCGUCGGCCGGUGAGGCAGCAGCCAAGAGCAGUAACAUUCCGUUCGAGUUGGAUGAGGUUUGGGUAAAGCGGCCGGAUCCGGUGGCGACCGCCAAAGCGAAGGAAGACACUGCAGUGGUGCCCGGGGCUCGAGCGACAACGCUGCCAGCGAAUGCGAAACCCAACUACGCGGCGUUUGCCGACAGUCCUGCGAAGAAAAAGUCUCCCACGAAAGCAGAUGCAAUCGAUUCCGGCAACUUCCAGCGUCCGUCGACGGCACCGGCCACCUCGGGCGAGUCGUCGACGCGUGCCUCCAAGAAGCAGAAGAAAAGCGAAAAGGAAGCAAAGAAGCAGGAGAAGGAGGUGAUGAAGCAGAAGCGUGAGGAGGCACGCCGGCUCGAGAAGGAAGCGGCCAAGCUGGAAAAGCUGAACCGCAAGCACGAAAGCCUGUCGCGCAGCUCGGAGCGGGUCGGAUCCGGCGCACGUUCCGGUUCGCUGGAACGGCGCCGCAGUGGAGAGGAAGCGCCCGUACUGAACCAAUCGACCGUGCACGGUAUUGCCAGUCCAAAUCGAAGACCGACGAUAUUCGACGUGUUCCGACCGCGCAAGGGUUCCGAUUCAAAGAAGAAAAAGGACGAUGGAAGCAAAUCGGGCUCGGAUAAGGAUAGCACCGGCAUGGGCAGCGGGCCGAUCAGCACUUCCGGGGGCAUUAUGAACAGUAUGAAGGCAGCGCUGCACGUCGGCGGCCGGCACAGCCACCAGCACCAGCAACCGGCCGGUGCUACGGGCGCUGCCGCCACCGCCGGCACUUCGUCGAAGGUGCGCGACGGUUCCGCCCAUCCGCACGCGGGCAGUGAUGCACAGUACUACCACACGGUAACGGCUGUGCGCCGAGCGGACGUCGGCAAGUCUCCGAUGACGAAGGUGAUGGAUUUGUUUAGGCACCGUUCCAAUUCGGCCGUUUCCGAGGCAGACAAACGUAAAGCGAAAGCAGCCGCACAGCAUCAGCAACAGCUAGCCGUCCAAUCCGCUCAUAUGCGAAGGGCCUCGGCCGAACUGGCAGAACGUCGGCGAGCAUCGCUAGGAGCAACGCGAGGACUUCGGGCGGACGGUACGCUUGAUCCGUAUCAUGCUGCGAUCCUGUUCCGUGACUCAAGAGGGCUGCCCGUUGCCGACCCAUUCCUGGAGAAGGUUCCGCUGUCGGAUCUAGAGGAAGAUGAGUCGCAGAUAUUUGUCAAGUUCUUCCGAUUUCAUAAGUGCUACGAUCUGGUGCCGACCUCCGCCAAGCUGGUCGUGUUCGACACCCAGCUGCUGGUGAAGAAGGCGUUCUACGCGCUCGUCUACAACGGCGUCCGGGCGGCACCGCUGUGGGACUCGAAGCGCCAAGAGUUUGUCGGCAUGCUAACGAUCACCGAUUUCAUCAAGAUUCUAAAAAUGUAUUACAAAUCACCGAACGCGUCGAUGGACGAGCUCGAGGAGCACAAGCUGGACACUUGGCGAAAAGUGCUACAGGAGGACGUGAAGAAGCUCGUUAGCAUCGGUCCAGAUGCGUCGCUGUACGAUGCCAUCAAGAUGCUGGUACACAACCGCAUCCAUCGGCUGCCCGUGAUCGAUCCGGUCACCGGCAACGUGCUGUAUAUACUGACUCACAAGAGGAUACUUAGAUUCCUAUUUUUAUAUAUAAAUGAACUACCAAAGCCAUCGUACAUGCAGAAAACCCUCCGGGAGGUGCGCAUUGGCAGCUACAACAACAUCGAAACGGCGACGGAAGAUACCAGCAUCAUAACGGCGCUGCACAAGUUCGUAGAUAGGCGCGUGUCCGCUCUGCCGAUGGUCGACUCCGAGGGGCGCCUGACGGACAUUUACGCCAAGUUUGAUGUUAUUAACUUGGCUGCCGAGAAAACGUACAACGAUCUGGACGUGUCCCUGAAGAAGGCAAACGAACAUCGAAACGCGUGGUUCGAGGGCGUACACCACUGCACGCUGGACGAAACGCUCUACACCAUCAUGGAGCGUAUCGUGCGCGUCGAGGUCCAUCGGCUGGUGGUGGUGGACGAGUUGAAGAAGGUGAUCGGCAUCAUCUCGCUGUCGGACAUCCUGCUCUACCUGGUGCUGCGUCCCAGCGGGGACGGCAUCGGUGACUCCGAGUCGCUCCGCGCCACCGAUCCGAGGCUGAUGAAGGCGGGCUCGCCGGCGGGCGGCAGCAGCAGCAGCAAGCUGCAGGCCACCAAGCGCGACAGCAGCAACGAAAGCAUCGAGGAGGAGAAGGAAACCACCGAGGAGGACGCCGAACAAGAACAGCAGGAUGCUGCCGCUCACAAGACUGAAACCACCAUCACGCCGGCCACUCCCAGCAACGACGAGGACGGGCAGAAGAACGAAGCGGAGGUGGAAGUGGAGACAGCAGAUGAUGCCGUCCCGGAGCUGGCGGUCGAGGAGCUGGCAGAGGAAGCGAAGGAAGACCCGGACGAUACCGCGUCCACACCGGUCGAUCGUAGCAGUGCCAAUGAUUCUCCCGUCGCGCAGGAAAUGCUCGCCACCGACGUCCCACUGCAGUCCGUCCAGCGGGAGGUGGGAUUGGUUAGUGAGUAAGAGGCACGCCUAACGUCUCAGUCGGCGGGGACAAGAGCAGCAGCAGCAGCACGGUCUCGUUGUGUCAGUUUUGGCGACACGCGCGGAAAGAUUGAAAGUUGGUGGGGAUCGAUCGAUUCCCCUUUCCUUCAUUCGUGUUUUCGUGCGGGGAUUGUGUGCGUGGUGCCGCCUCUGCUGCUUGUUACCGAUCCUUUUUCUCGAUGUGUGUCUGCUGUGUGAUAUAUUGGGUCGCGCCCCACGUGUUUCCAAUUGUUGUGGAAGCCCGGUGUGUGCGCGGUAGCCGACGUGCGCGUAGAAGCAGCUGUGUUGUGUUGUGGAGGAGAGUUUGAAUGCGCUGUGCAAGAAGAUAAGAUGAUUGAUCUUGUAUCGGAUCGAUGUCGAAUUGGAGGAAGGAUCGCAAACUUCGCCGGUGUUGUGUAAAGGUGUAGGUUGUAAGUACAAAACAAAUAUCUAGCAAAACAAAAGCCAAUCAAACAUAGUGCAAGCUUCCGCUGCGUGUGUGUGCGUGUAUGUGUGUGUGUGGAGCGAGUUAGUAAUGCGUUUGGCAGAACUGAAACAUUGCAACAUACAAACAGACACUCACACACUCUAUUCAACUCUACUCUAAUAGACACUUGUGUGCAACGCGCAGAAAUUCAAACAUUCGCUUCGGCUGUUGUUGUAGAGAGGAAAGUGUCCCCGUACACUCUUCUAGUACUUUUUGCAUUACAAUAUUCUCUUAUCCAGUAGCGCCGAAGAGAGAGCACACGGCUGGGGAAGAGGGUAGUAGUAGUGGUAGUAAAAAGUAACCAAAAGAUAGCAGAAGAAGCAGAAGAAAUCACACACACAGCGCAGUGUCGGUGCCGGUGACCCAUCCCAGCGGGAAGAGUAGGAACGGAGCAGCAGGGAACGUUAGGCAGAAAGCAGACAGAGAAGGGUGGGUGGGUGGGUGUGCACCGUUUAUCUCAUUACAGAUUUUAACUAUUUGUUCUUUUUCUUCAUUGCUGCCAUGCCCGCACCGCGCCGCCCCUCUCCAGAAGAGGCAAAAUGUGCGUGCAGAGAAGUGUCUUUCUCUUUGCUUUUUGGUUAGGGUUAGGCGAAUGUUUGUUUUAAUCCGUUUCUUUUUGGUUUCAAAGAGAGUAGAGUUCUUUCCACACAUUUUAUUAUUCGAUCGAAUUAAACACACACAUACAGUUGUAUUGUUUUUGCGAUAGAUUGUUGUUUGCGUAAAAGUAACGCGCGUGUAAAGAGAGAAAUUGUUAGAAUUUUUGUUUGUUUCGUGGGCUGUAAAAACCGUGCGCGGGCGACUUAAGAAAGGUUAGAAAUACUAAUUAAUUUGCGCGAACACACACGUCGUGUGUGAGUGUAUGUGUGUGUGUGUGUAGGAUGCGAAAACCAAACUUAUUUGAUAAUAAUUUAAAAAUUAUAGUGUAUAGUGCAAGAGUUAAACGAAUACGAAUUGGGUAAAAUGCAAAGAAAGCAAAGCAAAACGAUUAAUAUGAAGAGAUAUGUAUGAUGUUAACAAGAGAGGGAUAUGUAGAGCAGAAGGAAACGAGAAGCGAGAGAAACUACUAAAAGAAUGUGAAACACACAAAACACAACACAACAAAUUGUGAAUAGAUAGGGCUUACUAGGACAAGAUAAACAGCAAGAAAACAGCAACAGAAACUAUUUAGAAGCUAGCUAUACAUUUACACAGAUAGUAGAUAAAACGGCGUGUUGUUGCACUAUACCCAAAGGCGUCCACAGAACAGAAGGAGGAACGAAGCAGUGUGUGAGUGUGGAUCGAUGCAAUAAGUUGAGAUUGAAGGCAGAAAGGAAACAGCAUUCGUUUUGAGCGGAAAUGUGUUAAGAUUAUCGUUUCCGCCGCAUGGACACAUACACGUUUAAGGUUUCUAUUUAGGGUUUUUUACUUUCACCGCUCUACUCUACUUUGCCUUGCUUUGUGUUGUUGCGCAUUGUCUCGGCUCUAUUUACAGAGGCGAAAAAAGGAAGAAAGCGCGCGCGCCCACCACAUCGUGGUGAUCGUCGUCGUCGUCGUCCUCGUGAUUAGGAAGGGAAGGAAACAUUCGAAACGCAAGAGAGAUUGGAAGAAGAGAACACAGACGUUUGCGUUGUGUAAGCAAUUGCAAAAUUUGGUGAUAAUAUUAUGAUUGGCGAAAAUUAUUGAAUACAAUCGAUGUGUUCUCCCUUUUUUUCUCUCCUAAAAGGCAAGGCCCCAUUGCAUCGCAUUGCUCGCGAGUGUGAUGGUGGUGUGUGUACCUUAAACGCUUGUUGUUUUCCAGUGUGCGCGCGUCGCAGGAAAAACGCUUGAAUUAUAGAAUAUUAUGGAACGGACUCAGAUUGAGGGAAGGGGGUGAAAAUUGGUGGGAACACAGACACACACACCCCGCUGUCGAAGGGAAUAAAAACCCCGUGUGUGUACGUUAGAAAAAAGCCGAACAAGGCGGAUUAUGUAUAGCAUGUGCGCGUACGCGAAACAAAACAGAGAAGAGUUACGUUGAAUCGCUAAGAUGAUUAUUAAGAAACUAAUGGAAAGUUCAAUUGCGGUAAAAAUAUUAAAGAAGAAGGAGAGAGAUAGCUCAUAUAAAAUAGACAUCAAGUA